CUUGGGGAUCUGGCCAGGACAGGAGCAUCUGGCCUCUGCAGGUCAACAGGGACAGGCUCAGACUCAGUUUGUCAGCUCCAGAUCAAGCCACCCCCACUCCAGAGAUGGCCCAUGGCAGGAGCUUCCAGAGAGCGUACUCCCUCCGCACCCCCAAAUCCCCCAGCCUCCUGGAUUCCACCUACAGCCAGCUGGAGGAGAAGACAGAGAACUCGGACAAGGUGAAGCAGAGGGCAAAGAGGAGAGCUGUGAGCCUGAGGGGGUGGAAGAGUGGGAUGGAAGAGUCCCCAGCUGAGAGGACCCCCACCCCAGGGGAGAUGCCUCACUCAUUAAGCCUCGAUGAUGGGGAGCUGCUGAUCGGCAAGGCUCAGAGCAAGGGCUCUCACAGGAUGAAGCAGUGCAAGAAGCAGGUGGACCGAGCCCUCCGCAGAGGCUGGGAGACCUUCAUGGCUAACCUGUACAGUGUGACGUUGAGCCGCCCGGCUCCCCCCUCCGAGGCCGCCCCGUCGCUGAUGAGAACGUGUUGAGGAACCAGAAGAACAGACAAUGACUCUGGGUGGCUGGGCCACUCCCAGAGACGUGAACUUCCUAGAGCAGCAUCAGCCACUGAUCUGGCUGUGUUGGGGAUAGGGUGCUUUUUUAUAACGACUGGAGAUGGGCCUGGGCCACCCAUCUGGAUCCAGAUCAAUAUAUACCUCUCUGUCUGCCCUCAUAUACGCUUAGCUAUCCAUCCCCACAGACACCCCUCUAUCUAUCCCCACAUACACCUAUCCAUUCAUCCAUCCCCACAGACACCCAUCUGGCUAUCCCCAUAUACAACCUAUUUAUCCAUACAUGCCCCUCUAUCUAUCCCCCUAUGCACCUAUCCAUCCCCAUAGACACCUGUUCCAUUUGCCUAUCCCCAUGUAGAUCUAUCCAUCCAUCCCCAUACACCUCUAUCUAUCGAUACAUCUCUCUAUCUACCUGCACAUGCAUCCAACUCCUUACUCUCGUACACACCUGUCUCUCUAAGUUUCUCUCCCAUGGUCCAGGCUGGCUGGGAUCCAAGCUCCCAGCCUGGCCCCUUCACUGGUAACCUGGGAACAGAAAUCUCAGCUCCGACUACGUUUCUCCCGCUAGGCCUCCAUCCAAACCCGUAAUCAUUGGUGCUACUCCCCAGCCCUUGCUGCUGCUCACCUAGCCGCAGCUGUAAUGCCUGGGCACCGUUUCCCUGCAUGUCAGCAACCACGGGGCCAGGGUGUGCCGGCUGCACUGUAAAUAGUCUCCAAGUCACAAGGACUCCCAUUAUUAAUCCCACCCUCAGUAACCUGCCCUAACACAGCAAUCCAACCUGGUGGGCCCCACCCUAUGAGCAUGGCGCUAAGGGACUCAGACUGUUUCCUGCUUGGGAGCAGGGAGUGGGGGGAAGGGAACCAAGUGAUUUUUCAAAGGGGUUGAUUUUUCACUAGGCAGAGCCACAGGGGCUCCUUAGUAGCCCCCCUUCCCAGUGUGGGUACAUCUCAGGCACAGGGGCAUCAAACUGGCUACUGCUGGGCGGGGCCAGACAUGCCUGCGAAAGGAGCAUCUGGGGUUCCCUUGGAAAGCCGGGGGGUGCUAGGGGAGGGGCACAGUGCCAGCCUCAGAGGAUGCCACACCCACAGUGGGCAGUGCCAGGCCCAGAGAGGCCCUGCCCAAUGCAGACAGGGCAAAGGGUGCCUGAUGUCAGGCAAAGUAGUGAUUCUGGAACCUGUCCGGCCACCCCAUCCCCAGGCCCACACACUUGGGAGCCUUGGGGAUCAAAUGCUCUCGCUAGCAGGGAGGGGACACAAGUCGCCCCCUGGCAGAUUUUCAGCAACAGGGACCAAACUAGUGCCUUCUGGAUCUAAAUGCAUGAGCCUCUCCUGCCUAAGCUAAAAGCCAGGGCUCUGCCAGGUCCUCAACCUGUGUAUGGGGCCCAGCCACCACUAGAGAGGGACAAAGCACCACGCUGAGUGCCCCAGCGGUCUGGGGACCUGGUGGAAUGAAGGGUUGCCAUGUUUUCAGCAUUGUAUGAGUGGUCCUUGUAACCUGAUGUGCUGCACGCCCUCCGCUAAUAAACCCUGAAACCCCACCACGGCACCUGAGCCUGCUUUCAUUGCCAUCCCAGACAUGGCCCCUUCUGCCAUGAACUAGGCUAGAGGGAUGGGGCAUCACCACUGUCCAACCGAAAUCCCACACACACUGAGCCACGGGCCCUAAGGAGGCAGAAUGCUCUAGGCACAAGCCACAUGAUCAAGAGCCAGGACUCCUGGGUUCUCUGCUUGGAUGUAGGAGAAAAGUGUUGUCCAAUGGUUAGAGCAGGGAAGCUGCAAGUCAGAACUCUUAGGUUUUAUUUCAGAGUGUGUGGGGAGCGGGGAGGGAAGUCUAGUGGAUACAAGCAGGAAUUGGAGGCCAGGACAUCUGGGUUCUAUCCCUGGGCUUAGCAAGGGAGUAGGGUCUGGUGGUUAGAGUGGAGAAGCUGGGAGUCAGGACUCCUGGGUUAGGUUCCUGAAUCUAAGAGAGGAUGGGGUCUAGUGAUAAGAAAAAGGAAUUGGAAGGCAGGACUCCUAGCUUCCCUUCCCGUUUGCCCCCGCAUUG